AUGGCCAGGUAUUCACCAGAGGUCACCUACGUGCAAGGAGUGCACCAAGACACAGCGGACGCCCUGUCUCGUGCACCCACAAGCAGUCCCACUCCCCAGGACUUAAAACAAAUCGAGGAAUUAGAAGAACACAGCGAAUCAGUCCUAGAGUCCCUACCUGCAACGGAACGGCGCCUCAAAGACAUCCAGGAAGCCCAGGACUGCGACGCCAUAUGCAAGCAGGUGAAGACCUACUGCUUAGAGGGAUGGCCUCCCAUUAUGCCAUCCCUACCACUCCUAAAGCCAUACUGGGAGAAGAAGCAACACUUGACGGUCAACCGAGGAAUCCUGAUGUAUGAUCACAGGCUAGUUAUCCCCUCAAGCAUGCAACUAGAGAUGCUGGAGACCAUCCAUGAAGGCCAUCUUGGCAUAACCAAGUGCCAAGGGCGCGCGAGCUCCACGGUGUGGUGGCCGCUCAUAACCAAGCAGAUAGAAGCAAUGGUCAACAGAUACCAAACUUGCGCCAAACUUAGGCCAGCGCGAAGAGAACCCCUUAUGGCGCUGUCUUUCCCAAACUUAACAUGGAGCCGGGUCGGUACAGACCUCUUUGAACUAGAACAGACCGACUACCUUAUCGUUGUCGACUACGCAAGCCGAUGGUUUGAAAUCCGAAAGCUAGGAUCAACUACCUCAGCUGCAAUCACGCGCCACAUGUGCGAGAUCUUUGCUCUGCACGGAAUACCGGACACAGUCGUCUCGGAUAACGGAUCCCAGUAUGUUAGCCAGGAAUUUACCAACUUUGCCAAGGACAUGGGGUUCACCCACAUCACCUCCUCUCCACACUACCCACAAGCAAAUGGUGAGGUCGAGAGAGCGGUUCAGACCGCCAAGAACAUCCUGCGAAAGAACACAAACCCACACCUUGGUCUCCUAGCAUACCGUUCUGCCCCCCCUGGCAAACGGCCUAACCCCUAG